GGAGUGGGUGCAUUCCACUCUUUUUCUUGAACAGUGAUGAGGUGGACUCUCUUUUGCUCCGUGGGGCAUCAGAUCAACGAAUCUGAUGAAAGAUCUCGUUUGCGCUUGGUCAGGACAACGACAGCAGUUGGGUGUCUGCCGAGGAGCGCAGGAGGUGCCCGUGGAGAAGCAGUGGGAGGCCGACCGGCCUGCCCUGCAGAGCCUGGGCAUCUUCCCCGAGGGCAUGCGGACCCCAUAUUCGGGCUCGGUAUGUGCCGAUCAGACAAAGGAAAGCCGUUGCCGUAUACAACACCCCCACCCAUUGGUCUCGUGUGUGUGCGGGCGUGCCUGUAGGCGUGGCCGUUGCGAUUGCCAUCCACAACAUCCUCGAGGGCAUCGCCGUGAGUGUCCCGAUCUUCUACGCCACAGGCAGCAAAUGCAAGGCAUUCUGUAAGCAACUUACUUGUGCACACAGACGACAGGGAGACGGAGGAAUGCAUGCGCGUCUGUGUAUGUGUAUGUGUAUGUGUGUGUGUCCUCUAGGGUGGUCUGUGCUGUGUGGCGCUGCGGAGCCGGUUGGCGGUUUGUUGGCGUGGGUCGUACUCACAAACCUGAUGGUGAGUGACACCCACCACCGCAAACACAAUCACAAAGCCCCACACGCCCCAUCAUGUCGCCAUUCUCUUCGGCCUCGUGGGCGGCAUCAUGGUCCACAUCUGCAGCAAGAAACUCAUCGCGACCGCCCUGCGAUACGACCCACACGUACGCACACACACACACACAUACACUUGCGAAUGCAGCGGACACAGCCCCAACUGGGGCGGGGAGACGGGAAGAGACAGACAGGCCAAGUGCGUGAGAAACUAGCCACACAUGUGGGGGUGUGCUUAUGUGAUUGUGUCAGGACUACCUAUCCUCUGACAUCGUGUUGGUGGGCAUGGCUGUGAUGGCGCUCAGUCUGGUUCUCCUGGCCUUCUAUGGCUGAGGAGAGGGGCACAUCCAGGCCCCCCGCCAUACAGUAUUGUUAUCUUUUUCGAUUCAUGUACGUCCAGAUGGCUGACACGGGCCGGCGUGGCGCACACCUCUCUAUGUGUCCGCCUGCCCGCCCCCUUCACGACGGCUCUAAGACUUUUAUCGGUGGCGAGAUGAUGAGGCAUUCAUUCUUGGGCCCGCCCUGCACCUUUCUCCUUGUGACCUUCGUGGGUGCGGAUGAAUGGGGGCGGUAUUCAUUCGUGUGGGUGUUUGUGUUGGUGUUUGUUGUGUUGUGCUUCGCUGCUGCACAUGACUGACGCAACACAGAGAUAGAUGAGACAGGCAGACGCAUCAAGACUAGACGAACCGGUGGCAAGGGCAGCGGAACAGAAAGACGGCGAUGAGCGUGUUGCAUGCUGUGGCGGGGGGCAUCUGUGUAGAAAGCUCAAUGUGUGGUGUGGACUAACCACCUCUCUCCCUGUCCCUCCCCUUUACUCUUUUUUUUUCUCUCUACGUCUCUCUCUCUCUCUCUCUCUCUCUGUGUGUGUGUGUGUGUGUGUGCAUGCGGUGUUGUUGUGCUGUGGGUAUGCCCUCCCCUCCCUUAUCGUGGCUUUCUGGGGUAGGAUGUGCCGCCUGGUGUGACGCGCCUCCAUCGUCCCCUCUUUGAGAUACAGAGGCUACUGGACUCGGGCGGGCAAAUCGGCGGAAGUCUGUGGACUGCCUUGCCAUCCACACCACAUGCCUCUGUCUGUGCGCGAUGUGUUGUGCUUCUUUGCUUCGUUGCUCCGUGCUGUGUUGUGUUGUGUGUCCUUCAUUGAUGCCUACGUGUGUGCGGCUGUGUGCUUGGCGUGCAUGGCACGAGUGUCCGUGGAUUUUCAGACGUCCUCUUGACGGACGGAAGCGCCGCGACACCGAGCAUGGGUGCCACUCGUGUGUGCGUGUGCAUGGGUGAUGAUUUCCAUCGCUAGUUAGGCGAGAUAUGACGUGGUGUGUAAUGUGUGUGCGUGUAAGUCUUUCUACAUGUAAGUGUAUUUGUAUCUAUCGGUGGAUGAUGGCUGACUGUCUUCCAUAGCUGCUUUGGUGUCCGUAGUCGGUCGGUAUGGGUGUAAGAGAUGUCCGUCGAUUAAGGUGAUAAAUGGCCCGACAGGGUCUUGGAGGGAGCGAGGUGAGUCGCUGGGGGAUACAUUUCGAUUUUCCAUCGCCCUGAGACGGCGAGAAGAUGCACAUUUUUCCGAAUGCGCACAUACCGCCUUGCGAUCACAUGGCGGCGGCAAUAUAUAUAUUAUGAGCUGCCUGCCACUCAUUUGACUGAGCUGCUGGAGCCCACUUCGUUCGUUAUAUCAGAGGACGGACAAUCCUCAUCGUCUCCCUCGUCCGACCUCUCUGCUGGCUGUCUCUGUAUCGGUGCACACAUGAAUGGCCAUGACAUUGAUGGUACGUACAUGCGCGCAGGGCUCUUACACGUCUUGUCUGUCUGUCUGUCUGUCUGUAUGGCCGCUCGAAUGGCUAGUUCGUGAGUGAUGCAUGGGUGGCGGUGGCCCACUUUCAGACAGAUGGGUCGUCGGGCUGGCAUUCAUCUUUGUCUGCGGAUGUGCCGGUGAGCCGCUCACUUUUUUGAAGGCCCGGUUCGUGUGUGUGGGACUAGGUGUGCCGACACGUCGGCUGAGAUUGGUUUUUCCGCGGUGGGUUCGGCCAGUGCCUAUAGGCACGAUGUGAUUCCUGAUAUUGCGUGUGCAUGGUGUGGGCAUGUCAGUCAGCAGAUGACAUCACGACUCGGAUGGAUUAUAUAUCAACUGUCGCG